AUGGCGGUGUGCGUUGUGCUUGCUCUGGAGCUUGCUUUGGAGAGCGAGAAUGGCAAUGAGAAAGGUAGAGGGAGUGGAGAGGCGAGUGAGGAGGGUCAGGCGUCCACUCUGGGGAGUGCAGGGACUCAGGACGCGCGGCACCGAAGGUUGGCAAUGGUGGGGGCGCGCUCUGUGCAUGGUGGACACGUCCAGAGCAGUUGUCACUCGUUGAGGCGUUUCCUCGAGCACGUGGCGUGCAGCGAAAAGCAGAAGAGUAACAAUGUAGAACCCAACACUGAACAAAAUGAAGAACUUGAUGUGGUGGAGGCAUUCAAGACCUGCCAUACUAGCUCCAAACAUGGUCUCGAUGAAGCAGCAAGAGAAGCAGUUUCCAACAUGGAAGCUUUGAGGGCAGCACCUAUUGCUGAAGGUGAGACUGGAGUAUCCAGUAUGCAUGUUGUGUCCCAUGUGCUCUCCAAGAAUAGCUCGAACAUUUUCCUCAAGAAUGUUGGCAUCAAACAAGUGGGAUCCUCUAAAUCAGCAGCAUCAAAUGAAGAUGAGAUUAGGGAACAACUAGCAGCUGAAGCUAAGGCUGCUGUACAAGAUGAACUUGAGGAUCUCAAGAAGAGAAGUGAAGAAGCUGAGGAAAAGCUUGCGAGGACAGAAAGGGAGAUGGAGGAGAUGAAGAGGAAAACAGAGAUAAACACCAAGGCAAUGGAGGAGAACAACGCGCUGCUCAAGCGUAUCUUGUCCCUCAACAAUGCUUCUUUGACAUGAGCGCUACUCGUACCUGCUGGCUUAUGAAGCAAGGGUCUGUGUUGGUGAUUUGGUUGCUAGUGCUUGGCAAAAACUUGUGUUGUUGGUUAUUUUGGCAUGGUUGUUGCAAAAAACUUAUGUUGCUGGUUGUUGGCAAAAAAAUGUGUUGCUAGUGCUUGCCAACUUUAUAUUAUUAGCUUUGAUGUUCUGUGAACCAAGUUUCGUAAGUUUAUGUGGUGACUGGAAAACUGGACCAAGUCUUCCUGUGAUGAAAU